UUUCCGUAAUUUAACGAGUUUAUUCUCAACAUUUUAUUUCGUAUUUUUCGUAAUUUAACAACUUCUCGAGAUGGUUUUAUUUUUUUAUUAUCGCUUGGCCCUAAUCCUCUUCCGUAACAUUUAAUGUUGACAUGUAUAUUUAUUUCUUCUUGGAAACCAGUGUGUUCUGAAAAGGAAUGUCACUCAAUGGCAAAGAGAACUCUUUCUAUUUAUAUUCAACAUCCAUGCUUUAGUAAUUAUCACUGAUCCUCCUCUUUGCUUUGUCUCGUCAUGCUUUGUGUUAUCAAAAGUCUGGAACAGCAGCAGGGUUUUCACCUAACCAGAUCUGAACAAUGCGAAAGAUGAAAGUAAACCUGUAAUCUCUUUUUGCCUUAAGCAAAACUUACGUAAGAAAAAACAUACUUCUUGCUUUCACUUUUAAACACCCUGAAUAAAUAUUAAAAAGUAGAUAUGAGGAUUUGACACCACAUAAUAUUCAACACAAUAUAAUUUAAUGAAAUCAUAUACCUGAGACAUUCUGAAAACAUUUAACAGCAUCUUAUACUGUAUCGGAUAUUGGCUAACAAGUGGACAGAAAUAGUUAUAUAUUACAUUACUAAUGAAUAAACAACAGGUUUAUAGUAUCUCAACAGUUAAAUAUAUUGACAUUAAAAGUUUCAUUUGGACUUUGAGUUUGUUUUGCACUUUUAUGUUCAGUUUAUCUGUUGUCAUAGUGUUUGAUUUGCUGCCAUGUGUUACACUUGUGUUUUGUUAAUUAUCUCAUUCAGUCCCUAUUGUCCCUCUUUAUAUAUUACCCUGUAUUUGUUUCAGUCCUUGUCAGUUAUUGUCCUAAAAAAGUGGUUGUUCUGUCUCCUAUGUUUUGUCCUAGAUGUUCUGUAGAAGUGUGUGUGAAUAUACACAUACCAGCAAAUGUGUGUAUAUACACAUACCAGCAAAUAUGUGUAUGUUGCUAGUAUCAUUUUAAUGUCAAUGAACUUCACAUGAUCUACUAAAAAAGUUUUUUUUGUUGUUGUUGUUGUUUUUAAAAAGACCAUACUGACACAUAAGCUACAUUUCAAUUAAUGAAUGUUGCUGUAAUGCUAAAGUCGCCGUAAAAGUGGAAACACGUUGUAGAUUUAGUUGUUAAAUAAUAUUUUUGAAUUUAAAACCAGUUAAUUUAGCUGUUGCAUGAAAUAUUAAAGUAUAGCCUGCUAAAGUAUCAUUUUAAAAAAGGUGUUUCUAGGAAACACUUCUUCAUGCGUCAGUUAAAAUAUAAUUAGACAUUCUGUACAUUCUUUGUGAAUGAGAUCACUGUCUACUGAUUUAAAUAUUUAUCGCAAAUACUGUACAUUAAUAAUGAAAAAUACAAGUUUACAAAUAAAAACAAUCUCAAGGCUUGUUAUAUGUAAACCCUAUAUCUAAAUACAUUAUAAAAAAGAAUAUCUGAAGUGAAAGUCCUUGUUCAGACUUGCAAUAAUUACUGGCAGUGUUCCCAUGAAAACAUGUUUUCAUUAUUCCAAAGUAUGCUCAGCUUUUGAAUACAGGGAUGGGACCCAUUUAAAGUCGAUGCAUUCUUCCUGCAUUGUGAUUUAACCCACAUCAAGAGCCUGUGGAAGAAACUGAGAACGACUUAUCUGAUUACUUAACGUCUUAUUUUUGACUUCAUUAUGAGAAUUUCACUCCUGCUGGUGCUCAUGUCAGUCCUGUCACUGACCAGAACACAAACAACAACAGAAGAAACCAUACAAACAAACACCACAGAAACCACCACGGUUAUAGAAUCCACUCCAGAAAGCACCACAGUUCUAGAAUCCACUGCAGAAACAACCACCACGGUUCUAGAAACUACCACAUUGGCAACCACAUCAGCACCAGCGAUAUUCUAUCCAUUCGGCUCAGCUGCAGGAGACACAGAACAUUAUUUUAGUAGUUUUGUUGGUGAUGAAAGCUUCGUAUAUGUUGGCCUAUCCACUCCAUAUACGUUCUUUGGCCACACAUACAACCAGUUAUACGUUCAUUCUAAUGGACUCCUGACAUUCAACCAACCUCAGCCAGCAUCAGGACCCAACCACAAUCCCACCAGAGGAGCUGAAGAUUUCAUUGCUCCUCUCUGGAGUGACAUUGAUGACUAUUACAGUGGCAUGUUCUCGUAUCAGCAGUACACUAAUGAAAGUGUGCUCACUCGUGCCACUGAGGAUAUAAACCAGUAUUUCCCUCAGAUGAACUUCACUGCUUCUUCAGUAUUUGUUGUCACUUGGAAGUAUAGUCGUCUUCAGCCAAACCCGGAAAUCCUGUUUCAAGUGGUUUUAAUUUCAGGUGGUGGUCAUUCUUUCUUUCUGAUGAAUUACGGUGACUGUGCUGAGUUAAGUGAACAAGUGGAGGCUGGAUAUGACACAAUAAACUCCAUAAGCCACUUCGUAAUUCCUGAUUCAACUAAUGGCAACUACCAAAACCUCAAGAACACGAGUAACGUGAACGUUCCAGGACGUUGGGCCUUUAUCAGUACAUCAGUAAGCCUCAUAGGAGUUCAGAUGAGACUGACAUCAUAUUCAGACCUGAGACAGAGUGGAGAGAUUGAGGCUGUUUUGCAGCAAAUAAAACAAGAGCUGGUCAGUCGUGGACUUCCAAGUAGCAUCGAGAUGAAGAUCAGAAAUGUCAAAAAGACACAGCCAUAAUAUGAGCCUCAUGGAAGAGAAUUUAAACACUGAAUGACAAAGAGAAUAAUGUCACUCUACAGGAAGGGAACCUUUAUAAUUUAUUUCACAUGCAUAUAAAUCAAAUCCACAUAAUGAUACAAAAUAACUAUAUAUCAAUUGUGUCUGAUCCAACUUAUUUCUGUGUUCAUAGCUUGAAUAAUAAUAAUUAAUUCUCUUUUUUUUCCUUUUCUUGUCAUGCUUUUGUAUUAUCAUAUCUCUUGCAAGGUUGCAAGGGUUCAAAACUAAUCAAACUGAUCUGUAGUAAUGUGAACAAUGUAAUUAAACCUGAUCUUCCUCUA